AUGCCCAGUGCUACCUCACGAUUUGAGUCCAUACUGUCGCUACCGCUUUUGCGAUUGCCUUUGAUCAACAGAACCACCGACGGUCAACAGAGACACGCCUACGAGCCUUUGCCCACGAUGCCCGUCCAAGACAACCCCAAGAACCUGAACACCUCGCCGGUGACGACGACGCAGAUCACCGGCGGCGUAGAUGAGGCGGAACUGGUGAACCAGGGUCUGCAGAACAUCGAGGCGCAGAAGGUGCAUUGGUGGAGUUACUUCACCACCGUCGACUUCUGGAUCGUCCUCCUCAUCGGCCAGGUCCUUGCCCUGUGCAUUACCUCUACCAACACCUUCAGCCAACUUCUCUCCAGCAACGGUGUUUCCAUUCCGGCCUUUCAGACCGUCUUCAACUACAUCCUCCUCUUCCUCAUCUACUUCCCCAUCACUCUCUGGCACUAUGGUCUGAAGAAGUGGGCCAAGCUCGUCCUGAAGGACGGCUGGAAGUACUUUAUCCUCUCGUUUCUCGACGUCGAGGGCAACUACUUUACCGUGCUCGCCUACCGCUACACUAACCUUUUGUCUGCUCAGCUCCUCAACUUCUGGGCCAUUGUUGUCGUAGUCAUCAUCUCCUUCACCCUCCUCAAGGUCCGCUACAAGAUCUUCCAGAUCAUUGGUAUCCUUGUCGCCAUUGGUGGUUGCGGUGUUCUCCUGGCAUCCGACCACAUCAACGGCACCAACGGUGGCCCCGGUGUCGACCUGCUAAAGGGUGAUCUCUUCGCCUUGCUAGGCGCGACCCUUUACGGUAUCACCAACGUCACUGAGGAGUGGUUCGUCAGCAAGCGGCCUGUCUAUGAGGUGCUCUCCUUCAUGGGCAUGUGGGGAAUGUGCAUCAACGGCGUGCAAGCCGCCAUCUUCGACCGCCAGUCCUUCCGCGAGGCGACUUGGAACGGUGCUGCUGCCGGCUAUCUCGUCGGCUACACCUUGGCCCUUUGCCUCUUUUACAGCUUGGUCCCCGUGCUGUUGCGCAUGGCCAGUGCCGCCUUCUACAACAUCUCGUUGUUGACGGGUAACUUCUGGGGUAUCAUUAUCGGCAUCAACGUCUUUGGCUACGCCAUCCACUGGAUGUACCCCAUCGCCUUUGUGCUCAUCAUCCUCGGCCAAGUCGCGUACUUCCUCGCAGGCAGCAUGUUGGGUGACUCCAAGAAGCCUUGGUUGGGCGACAACCAGGAUGAGGGCAUCGCAGGACUGGGCACCGCGAAGCUCAAGGCCAUCAACGAGGCACGAAAGCGCCAGAUGGCUGCUUCGGAGGGGCAGUAUGCCUAG